GUAAUAUUAAAAUGGCGCGAAACGACGACGACAUGGAUGUACUCGAGACUAUAGAAGUUGAUGAUAGUGUCAUUGCUAAGGAAAAGAAUCAAAAAUUAAUUAGAUUACCAUUAUCACGAAUCAAACAGAUUAUUAAGAUGGAUCCUGAGGUAACAUUAGCAGGAUCGGAAGCCGUUUUUUUGAUAGCUAAAGCAACGGAAUUGUUCCUACAAGAAUUUGCCAAAAAUUGUGGUCGAUUUGCAACUCAGGGUAAAAGAAAAACGCUAAAGAGACAAGAUAUAGAUAGCGCAAUUGAUUAUCAUGAUGCCUAUGCUUUCUUAGAAGGAGCUCUAGAAACUUUAGAAUAA